ACAUGUGGCUGAAGUCUUUUUCACUUUCUUCAUUUUAUUUAAAUUCGUAAAUAUUUUGUGUGGUGUGGUUCUUUAAAUCGAAAAAACAAGCUUAGCCCCAAAAAUGUGUGAACAACUGGAUGUCUAUAAGGAUUGUAUUAGCAAACAACUAGAGGAAAUCGAUAUGCUAUCAUCGAUAUAUUGCUCGCCAGGUGAAAUGCAUAUAUUUGAUCCUGGUGUCAUCACAGAUUUUAAUGAAUUUCUUCAGAGUCCCUCCAAUGAAAAUAUUCCCAAAUACCUAAAGGCCCAUAUGGAUUUUAAUAUUGUUUUACAAUGUAGUUGUGACGCCAUGGGAAAAUCACAGAGUAAGCUGGAAGUUCGUGUGGAGUUGCCCCAUUUAUAUCCACUGUUGGAAAAUGCUAUUGUUAUUGUACAUACGCCCUUGUUGAGCAAGAACAAAGAGUUGUUUUUGAAAAAAGAACUUGAAAACUUCAUUGAAACUAUGGAUAAAUCUGAAACAUAUAUUUAUCAAGUUUUGUCCUGGAUACAGGAUCAUAUAGACGAAUUGAUACAGAUGAAUGCCAACGAAAUUGAGGAUACCACUAAAACCACUGCUGUUGUUGGUAACAAGAACGAUUUGGUUGAUUUUGAACGACUAUGGAUAUAUUCACAUCACAUUAAAUCGAAAACAAAAAGGCAGGAAAUUGUUAAACAAUCCCGUAAUCUUGAUUUGAGUGGUUUUAGUCGUCCCGGAAAACCAGGUAUUAUCUGUGUGGAGGGGUUAAAGGAUCAUACACAGACAUUUUGGCAAAUAAUCAAAGGCAUGCGUUGGCAAAAAAUUACUAUUUGUAAAGUGGAAAGUAUGCGGAAUCACAGAGAAAAAUUGGAUUUACUAAGGCGUUUCGAGGGAUUUAAAGAACAAUUAUUCUGCGAAGAUGUGGAAAACGAAAAUGCUGUUAUGAAUAUGGGUUUAUUUAUAAAAUACUUGGAAGCGCACAAAUCGGAUUAUAUGAAAAAAGAAUUAUUUGGUAUAAAAUGAGAAAAAAAAACAAA